AUGGCUACAAUUAAUUCAACUAUUAUGGAAAAUUCAAUGAAUAUAAAUAAUAUUGAUAAUAAUCAAGAAAUAUUAAAUGUUAAUAAAAAUGAUUGUAUAGAAAAUGAAAAUUAUGGUUAUGUAGGAUAUGAAAAUUAUCAAAAUAGUAUCAUAUAUUAUAAUAAUCCUACUGAAUAUUAUGUUUAUCCUAUCAAUACCUAUAAUUAUAUUGGUCCUAUUAAUUAUCAAAAUUAUCCUAUUACUACCUAUUACAAUACUGGUCCUGUUGGAUAUUAUAUUCAACCUAAUGUUACUCAUGACAAUAUUAAACCUGUUGAAUAUUAUAAUUAUUCUGAAAAUACUUAUAAUGCUGGAACAUGUUCAGAAUAUGAUGCUUCAUAUACAACAUUUAAUAAUAAUUUUACAAAAAUGUCAAUUGUUAAAGCAUAUAAUUUACCAUUACAAAGUCAAAAACCUUUAGAAAGAUACUUUAAAAUUAUAUCUUUAUUAACAUUGUUAAAAAUUAUUAAUGUUGGUAUUCAAUAUAAAUUGAUAUAUGAUAAUAUUAUUAAGAAAGCUAAUAUAAUUGUUAAAAAAAUUUGUAGUAUUAAAAAUAAUUACAAUGAAUUGAUUGAAUCAUAUGAUAUUAAGUUACAAGAAAUUGAAGAAGAUAUUAUUAAAAUGUGUGAUGAUGCAGGAUUUACAUUUAUUUCUACAUUAUCUACAAAAACACUUAAAUUACCAAAAAAGACAAUUGUUAAUGUACCAGAAUAUAAACAAACAGAAAGAGGAAACGAAGUACACUAUAAUUCUAUUAUUCUUCAUGAUGAUAAAUGUAUUAAUGUUAAAAGAAUUUAUGAUUGUCUUAAUGUAAGAGAAACUCAAGUUCAAGUAACUUAUAAAAUUUUUAUUAAUAAUAUUAGUAAUAUUAAUAUUUUGGGAAAAUUAAUUGGAAUAGGUGGUACUAAAAUAAAACAUAUUGAAAAAUCAACAGGAUCAAAAAUAUGUAUAAGAGGUGUUGGAUCAUUUGAUAAUAGACGUGUUGGUGACAAUAAAUAUUGGCAAAAAAAUAACAAUCAACUUAUUGAACCUUUACAUCUUUUAAUAACUGCUUUUGGUACUUCUGAGGUUGGUGGUCAUAGAAGAAUAGAAAAUAUAAGAAAUAUGAUUAUAUCUACUCUUAGUCAAUAA